UUUUUUUUUUAUAUUAGAUACCUCGUAAUCUAUAGUAUACUAGAUAGUCUUUCAUAAACUUUGUAGAUUAUUAAAUGACAAAAUUAGCAUCAACGAGUUUCGAGUUUAAUAUGGUAACUACAGAGGAUAAUUCUUCAGAUAUUAGCGAAGAGAUUGAUGAAUUAGCAGGAGAUCUGGAAUUUGAUUCUAAUCAUAAUGAGACGCCGAAUAACGAUAAACGAGUUUCUUUUAGUAGCGACAAAAUCAACAAUGAUGAAAAGAAACAACAACAACAGCAACAUGAAGAAGAUGAAGAUGAAGAUGAUGACGAGAUCUUUGAAAUUGAGAAAAUAGUUGAUCAUCGGACGUAUAGAGGAUCAAUACAAUAUAUGAUUAAGUGGAAAGGAUAUCCUGAUAAACAUAAUUCUUGGGUGUCAAAAGAACAUGUAUAUGCAGAACAAAAAGAAAGUGAAUAUUGGAAUAACAAAGAAAUAGAAGCAAAGGAAAAAAUAAAGUCAUUGGUAGAUAAACAUAAUAUUAAUGCAAGUAAAUCAAUGAAAAGACCGAAAUCAAAUAGAAUUAAAAAAAUUAAAGACAAACAGAUUAAAAAGAAAAGUUUUGUUGAAUUAAAAACAACAAAAACUAAGGGUAAAUUAGUGAAUAAUAAUAAUGGUAGCAACAAAGACAAAGGUGGUUAUAAAAAUGGUGUUAACAGGAAUAAUGAUAUUAAUAAUAAUGGCAAAAUAUCCUCGGCUAGUUAUUAUACUACCCCAUUACAAUCUACUGAAAAUUCUGAAUUUGGUGAAGCAAAUAAUAAUAGUGAUAAUGAAGGACGAUAUGAAAAUGAAGAAAUGUUAAAAUAUGAUUAUGACGAUGAUGAAUAUGAAAAUUUUACACCUGCUGCUAUAUCUGGAAGUUGGGAACCUUUUGUUAAAGAUGUUGCCACCAUUCAACAAGAUCCAUGCACGGGAACACUAAUAGUUUUUCUGAAUUGGAAAAAUGGACAUCGUACAUCACACACUAACAAAGUAACAAAUGUCAAAUGUCCACAAAAAAUGUUGGAAUUUUAUCAGCAACAUGUACAAUUCGUUGCAACGAAUCAUCAAUAACAUUUGGUUGGUAUAAAAAGAGAAUGUGCGAAAAAAAUGGUAUAAAAAAAGGGGAGAAAGAAAGAUGACAUACACUUUGUGGUUGUAAUAUUGAAAUAGUAGUGUAACAGGUAUUUGUUAAUUAAUGUUCUUUGGUAAUAACAAAUAGAUAAUUAAUUAUUACAGCAUUUCUUUAAUUAACCAUUCUGAUUUGGUGGAACACUAUUAUAAUUAAUAAAAGGAUUUUGAAUUGUGAAAGAAAUGUUUUUAUGUAAAUAAAUAUGUAAUAAAUAUAAAAAUAUAUAUUAACAAAUAAUCGAAAACAAAAUUUAUGAUAAUUAGAUUCCAUGAUUAUAUUGAUGCUUAUUAAAAUUCCUUCGUGCAAUAGGUCGAAUUCAUAUCACAAUAUAACCAAGAUCAACACUCUUGUUCACUA